AUGGCGGACACGAACACAGGCGACCCACGGAACUUACUGAAGCUCAACAGGCAGUUAUUAGUCAGAGACAUCCGUUCUACUGAGCCCAUACUGGACAACCUGCUCCAGCAUAAGGAUAUUACAGAAGAGGAGCGAGACGAAAUACGGGGAAAUACAACGCCCCAAGACAAGGCACGAACACUCUUGGACAUUGUCUCCACGAAGGGUAAGAAGGCGUACUAUCACUUCCGCGAGGCCUUAAAGACAGUGUAUCCUCACUUGGAAGAAGUCUUACACCGUUGCCCCUUGCACAACGCGCGGCUGAAGCUGUACUGUGAGGUUUGUGAAUGUCUGAUAUGUUUGGACUGUAAGAGUCUACACGGGACGCACGCCGCGACUUCUGUGUUGGCAGUCGCCGAUGAAGUCAGGUCGGGCUUCGCCUCUUACGUUCGGGAGAAUCGGAGAAAGCUGACGGCUAAACACGGCAAGGACAUCAGCUUGCUCGACAGGAAACACCUGACGGUGUGGGCAGAGACCAGAGCGGCACACCUGCAAGCACAGGUCACCCGGCGGAUCGAACAGGAGAAACAGUGGUUUAUCGGGAGGUUAUAUCAACGGCCAGGCUCGGCUGUCUCUAGCGUGGCAGAGUCAACCAACUUGGACCGGACUACGAGUCAAGAAGAACCGCCCAACAACUUGGACCGAACUACGAGUCUAGAACAACCGCCAAACGACAAGGAAGUACAGUGCCGGGAGACAUGGGCGGAACAUGCACUUUGCCAAGUGAUCCACUGUAAGGUGUGUAUUAACAUCGGGAAGGUAGCGGAGGUUAUCCACGAGAACCCCUGGCUUCCCCGGGACGACCAGCGGCUGCUACAGAGGGUCAUGACGCUGGUGCUAGAGGAACCACGCCAGGUCCUCUGGUACGACGCCGAGAUUACCGUCCACGGCAGGAAGAUAUCAGGGCUGAAAUUCACCGCAGGCGACAAGACGAACAAGUACUUCGUGCAUCUAGCAGACAUCGCCAAACCACGUAGCGUGUGCGAAGGAAAGAAAUGGCGUAAAACACAAUACGCCGACGUUUUGAUAUGGUCUGAGGUGACAGAAUAACACUUGUAACUCCGGAUUGAAACUU